AAAAAAAAAGCUUAAAAAAUUGAAAAUUGGGGAACCUAUUGAAGUUGUAAGAUUGAAACUAAACCGUAAAUUAUCUUCUUCUCUGUCAACUCUCAUCCCACCCUCUGACUCUACCCUCAUCUUUGUUCAAAGUUACGUUAGAUGGGGGAUGUAGCGAAGGACUUAACAGCGGGGACUGUCGGGGGAGCAGCGCAGUUGAUUUGUGGACACCCCUUCGACACCAUCAAGGUGAAGCUGCAGAGUCAGCCUGUUCCGCUACCCGGGCAGCCCCCCAAGUUUGCAGGUGCAAUGGACGCUGUGAGGCAGACAUUGCGUGCAGAGGGGCCGGGGGGGUUAUACAAAGGUAUGGGAGCUCCUCUUGCCACUGUGGCCGCCUUUAAUGCUGUUCUUUUCACGGUCAGGGGACAAAUGGAGGUUCUGCUGAGGUCUCAACCUGGUGUCCCGCUUACUAUUAAUCAGCAGAUUGUUUGUGGAGCUGGUGCUGGACUUGCUGUUUCUUUUCUUGCUUGCCCUACUGAGUUGAUCAAAUGCAGGUUGCAAGCGCAAAGUGCAUUAGCAGGUCCUGGAUCAGCAGCAGGUUCUGGCACAGCAGCUGUUGCACCGAAAUAUGCAGGGCCAAUGGAUGUCGCAAGGCAAGUUCUGAAAUCAGAAGGUGGAGCGAGGGGUCUUUUCAAGGGGUUGGUGCCUACCUUAGGACGAGAAGUUCCUGGAAAUGCUAUUAUGUUCGGGGUCUACGAAUUGUUGAAACAAUCCCUUGCUGGGGGCCAGGAUACUUCCCAAUUGGGGAGGGGCUCUUUGAUGUUGGCCGGAGGGUUGGCUGGAGCAUCCUUUUGGGGACUGGUAUAUCCUACUGAUGUCGUCAAGAGUGUACUUCAGGUUGAUGAUUACAAAAACCCCAGGUUUAGUGGCUCUAUCAAUGCUUUUAAAACGAUCUUAGCUACCGAAGGUGUCAAAGGCUUGUACAAGGGUUUUGGACCUGCCAUGGGUCGAAGUGUUCCUGCAAACGCAGCAUGCUUCUUGGCCUAUGAGAUUACAAGGUCUAGUCUGGCCUGAAUCGUUUAGUUACCAACCAACGAUGCGGAUAAUUCUUCGCCAUUGUUAUCAUAUUGCUCAUAUGAAAGUCAUCAUACUAAUGUAAUCUCGUCAUUCUUUCCGAGUAAAUGCUACAAAUAACUGUUUAAUAACACUGCCCCAACAGUUCGCUCGUC